ACGGCGGGGUGCUGGUCCGGGGCGGCUGAAGGAGAAAAGGAGACGCGGGCGAGAAAAUUAUAAAUACAGUACGCCGACCGCCAAUUACCGCCCGCCAGCGUCUCCGCGGCCCACGGGCCCCGACGCACGCGCGCGCACGCGGACCCUGAGCCGGGCGGGGGCGGGAAGGGGCGUGGCCGGCCGCGGCGGGGGCGGGGCCUGGGCGGCGGCGGCGCCAGCGGGGACCCGGCACCUGGGACUGUUGUUCUCCGUGCUGGGACUGCCGCAGUCCGUGCGCCCCGAGACCGGAGCCGGGCGGCCGGGGCGCGGACAGCCGCUAACCAGCCCGCUCCCGCGUGCCCGGGGCUGCCUGCGGUCGGCCCCCGAUGCCCUGCCCUGAAGAGGGGGCAGCGGGACCCUGGUGAGCGCGCCUUCAGCCCCCCGCAACUCGGCGUCUUCGCGGGCCCCCCAGGCCCGCGCACCCCGUCGCUGUGCCAUGGCUGAGAAGGCGGAGGGGGACAUGAACUCUAACGUGCUCCACGCCCCCCCGUACCACACCGGGGACCCGCAGCUCGACACGGCCAUCGGGCAGUGGCUCCGGUGGGAUAAGAAUCCCAAAACAAAAGAGCAGAUUGAAAAUCUGUUGCGGAAUGGGAUGAAUAAGGAGCUGAGAGAUCGUCUCUGUUGCCGUAUGACUUUUGGAACUGCAGGGCUUCGCUCAGCUAUGGGGGCAGGAUUUUGCUAUAUUAACGACCUAACAGUUAUACAGUCGACUCAGGGCAUGUACCAGUACCUGGAGAGAUGCUUUUCGGAUUUCAAGCAGAGAGGCUUUGUCGUUGGGUACGACACCCGGGGCCAAGUGACGAGCAGCUGCAGCAGCCAAAGACUUGCUAAGCUCACUGCUGCUGUCUUACUGGCCAAAGAUGUUCCUGUGUACCUUUUUUCAAGAUACGUUCCUACACCUUUUGUACCGUAUGCAGUCCAGGAGCUCAGAGCAGUUGCCGGCGUGAUGAUCACGGCAUCCCACAACCGCAAAGAAGACAAUGGGUACAAGGUUUAUUGGGAAACCGGCACCCAGAUCACAUCUCCUCAUGACAAAGAAAUUUUGAAGUGUAUAGAAGAAUGUGUGGAACCCUGGAAUGGGUCCUGGAAUGAUAAUUUAGUGGACACCAGUCCCCUGAAGAGAGAUCCUUUGCAGGACAUCUGCAGGAAGUACAUGGAAGAUCUGAAAAAGAUCUGCUUCUACAGAGAGUUGAAUUCAAAGACGACCUUGAAGUUUGUCCAUACAUCUUUCCACGGGGUUGGGCAUGACUACGUGCAGUUGGCUUUUCAAGCAUUUGGUUUUAAGCCUCCAAUUCCAGUACCAGAACAAAAGGAUCCUGACCCAGACUUCCCUACGGUUAAAUGCCCAAAUCCUGAGGAAGGAGAAUCUGUGCUGGAACUUUCUCUGAGACUGGCAGAGAAAGAAAAUGCCCGGAUAGUGCUAGCCACAGAUCCUGAUGCAGACCGACUGGCAGUGGCAGAACUCCAGGAGAAUGGUCAUUGGAAAGUUUUCACAGGGAACGAAUUGGCCGCUUUGUUUGGGUGGUGGAUGUUUGAUUGCUGGAAGAAAAAUAAGUCCAGAAUUGCUGAUGUGAAGAACAUUUAUAUGCUGGCCACGACAGUCUCGUCUAAAAUUCUGAGAGCAAUUGCACUUAAGGAAGGAUUUCAUUUUGAAGAAACAUUACCAGGUUUUAAAUGGAUUGGAAGUAGAAUAAAAGACCUCCUGGAAAAUGGGAAAGAAGUUCUUUUUGCAUUUGAAGAAUCUAUUGGUUUUCAGUGUGGAACCUCGGUUUUGGAUAAAGAUGGGGUGAGUGCAGCUGCCGUCAUUGCUGAGAUGGCAUCUUACCUGGAAACCACGAACACAACCUUGACACAGCAGCUGGUUAGGGUUUACAAGAAGUAUGGCUAUCACAUUUCGAAAACUUCGUAUUUCUUGUGUUAUGAUCCAACUACCAUCAAAAGUAUAUUUGAAAGACUGCGUAAUUUUGAUUCUCCAAAAGAAUACCCAAAACUUUGCGGGCCAUUUGCAAUAUUGCAUAUACGGGACAUUACCACCGGAUACGACAGCAGCCAACCUGAUAAGAAAUCAGUGCUGCCUGUGAGUAAAAACAGCCAGAUGAUCACUUUCACUUUUCAAAACGGCUGUGUUGCUACUCUGCGCACGAGUGGGACAGAACCAAAGAUCAAGUAUUAUGCGGAGAUGUGCGCAUCACCAGACCAGAGUGAUACUGCCUUACUAGAAGAGGAAUUGAAGAAACUCAUUGACGCUCUCAUCGAGAAUUUUCUUGAGCCCAGCAAAAAUGGACUGUCCUGGCGUUCUGUUUAAUGUUAACGGUGGCGGUACUUUGCCCUGGCACGUGGCACAGAGCAAGCAGAAACUCUGGAAAGUGAACUUGUGUUAGCAUCCUCUUCUUCAUCUAUACAAGUGUCUGUUUCCUUUGAUUUUUAUUUCUUUUUGGUUGGCUGACUAAACAGACUGCGUAUUUGAAAUAAUGUGGUCUGCAGUGAAAGAAUUCAUUAUUUUCCCAAUAGUCAUUUGAGCAAAAGUCACUGCAUUAAGAGUAUUAUGGUAGCACAUCUUUCCUCCUUCCACAGAAACCAAACAGUAGCAAAAGUGGGUUCUCGUAUUAAAGUAUGAUUAAGCUUACAUCCAUGUUCUUAUCAUUGUUUAUAGCACGGUUUAAAAAAAAGAUCAAUGUUAUAGUUAUAUAGUUAAGGAAUUUAGUCUAUAAAAAUGGACAAAUAAGUGAUACUGUUCCCAUUUCACUGUAUAAAAGUGUUAUUGUUUGCAUCGCAAGUGUUAAUUUACAGAUUGUAGUAUUUGAAUUAGGGUAGUUAGCAUUUCUAGCUUAGGGCACACUAUGAUACAUGGUGUCAGUAUACUCUCUUGCAGGUGCUCUUGGUUUAGUGUAAGUGUCUCAUAUGUGCUGAACAAUAUUCAAAUGUGUGCAUUUAAAAUUCUGAUGUUUCCUGAACAUGAAACAGCAGUGGCACCUCCUUAGUGGCUUUGUUCUUGUCAAAUUUCUCAGUGCCUUCUUAGGGCCUGGUGUGAAUCCAAACAGUGUUCCAGUGGUGAAUCUAAUUUAACCAGUUAAUUGUCAGACAGCUAAGGAAAAUCUUUCAGACUAUAUGGUGCUUCCCCACCAUAACAGAUUUAUUGAUUUUAAAAUCAUAAGUAUAAAUUUUUUUAAAAAAUCUUAAAGUAGGCUUGGUCCUGAAAGAUAGUAUAGGAGGUAAGAUACUAGCCUUGCAUAUAACCAACUCUGAUUCAAUCUCCAGUAAGGGUUACACCUGAGUGCUGAGCCAGGAGUAGUCCCUGAGCACCACAGGGUGUGACCCCAAAUGAAUAAAUAAAAUCAGCUCAAGGUAACUGUAGUUAAGACUUUUCAUAAUAGAAUUAAGUGUCACUUAUCAUAAAUUUUGAGGAAAAAAAUCUGAACAGAAAGAAAGCUCUGAGUUUAUAAAGAGUCUGACUUUUCAGGGGCUGGAGAAAUGAUACAGGGGUUAAAACACUUCCCUUGCACAUGGCUGCCCCUGAUUCAGUCUCUGGCACCGUAUAUGGUCCCCUAAGUACUACCAGGGAUGGUCCCUGAGCACAGAACCAGGAGUAAGCCCUGAGCACCAUUAGGUGUGGCCUCCUAACAAAAGCAAAACCAAACAAAAAUCUAACUUUCGAAUGACAGUGUAUAAGUGUAUUUAUUCCUCUAUUAGAUGAAGUGAUGGCAGGUUUACUAAAAAAUGAAACUAACAGAUUUAAGGUGUUAUAAACACCAACACUGCAUGUUCUAACUUUAAAGCCCAGUUUAGUAUCUUUCAGGUUGGUGUAGAAUUUCAGAUGAGUAAAGUACAUUCUGUACUGUAUAGCUCACAAAAUAUUUCUUCUGAUAUAGUUAAGAGGCAAUAAUAACAAGGCCUUGGGUGUAAUCAUACUGAAAAAAUUGCCUAUGGAGGAUAACUAAUAUUCGAGAAUUUAUUUUCUAACAAGUAAUAAAGUGUUAAUGGUUUCAGAUAUUUUAAAACCAUAAUUUUAUUAGUGGCAGCUAUCAACUAACCUGCGUAGAACCCAUAUAAUCCAAAUAUAGUUUUUAAUUGAUUAUAUUACCACUAUUGUUAAUGUGUUCAUUCCUUCCCUGCCAUCUGAUAGCAGGAUCAUGUAUAACUAUAUUUGACUCUAUUUAGGUAAUAGUGUUCACUAAAUGUAGAACAUAUUUCUGAAUGAGUUUGCUUCCAAAGGUUUUGCACUGAAGAAGAAACAGGUAGAAUUUUUUUUUUAUGUAUUAGCUUUUAGGACUGUGGAUUAUAAUUUAGUAAAUGGUCUAUAUGAACAAUACUAUAUAUAAAAAUAUGUAUGUCCGGUUUUAGUGUCUAUGAAACAGUAACUAAAGAGUAAAAUGGAGCUAAAACCAUAUAAUAACCCAUUCAGACUUAACCAAAGCCAGGUCAUGACUGUUGUUCUGUCUUAUAAAGACAACACCUUUAUUUGAAUGCUUUGAUAGAACGUUAACACUGAAGUCAUUCAGUGUUCAAGGUGAAACAGUAUUAAAAACAUAAAUACUUAACUCAAAAAUUCUAAAGUCCAGAGUUAAAAUGAACAGAAUGUUAUUGGUGUUCCCAAAGUGGAUACAUGUAGGAAAUCAUUUGGGUCCAGCCAUGGUGUCUACCCUGUCUUUAACGUGACACUUGCCUACACCCACCUACCAGAUACCUUGAUAUAACCUGAGACUACCAGGAGAAAGAGCUACUAGCCAGAAAGUUUCACUUUGGCCUAUGCAUUGAUUAUCUUUUUCUUUAAGAACAAUAUCAUGGAAAGAAUCCAUUCUUACUGAGCAUAUAAACCAAAACUGGGAUUUUCUGCAGCCUGCGGCGGGGGGGGGGGGGGGUGCAGCAGGGAAAGAAUUAGUGGGACAAGAGUAAAGCAUCCCUGAGAAAGAAAUGAACCAAAAAUAGAAAGGGCAGUCGGUCAGUAAGGUCGCACAGGAAAUGCUCCUGUGAAGGGAAAAUUUCCUACCCCAGAUCCAGAGAAUAAACUGGCUCUGGGCAAAUUGUUUCCAUUUGCCUACAUAUUAUUGUGAUAAAUGGGCCCUCAAACUAUUGUCUUCCUUUGUUAACGGCCACUAAAAAAGAGGUUAGUUUUCAGGAAGUGAGAAAAAGUACUCCUCUUACUGAUUCAGUUCCUAAUAGGGUAGUCUAUCUUAGGGUCAGGUGGAACUGGCGAGAGGAUAUAGCAAAGAUAACACAAGAUAGAUAAAAAUAAGACCUGUAAGGAAAAAAAAAUCGAGGUCACUGAACUCCAGUGGAGAAACCUGUUGAGAUUGUUUAAGAAAGCUGUUAUUGAGAGUUUCGUUGAAGAACUCAUAAAAAGAAGAUGACAAAUUUUACUCUGUAUCCAGUGAAGACAGAAUAAAAGAAUUAGACAAAACAAAAAUUUAAAUGAGAAAUAUUAAUGGUAGGGGCUAGGGCAAUAGCAUAGCGAGUAGAGCACUGGUCUUGCAUAUAGUGUACCUGGGUUGGACUCUCAGCACCCCACAUGAUCCCCUAAGCCCCUCAGGAGCCAUCACUGAGUACAGAGCCACAAGGAAGCCUGGAGCACUGCUGAGUGUGGCCCCAAAACCACACACAGAAAAAAUUUAAUAGAGUAAAUGGCUUUUAAAUUUUUCCUCCCAAUAUGUGUUCUUUCAAAACUCAGGCUGGAACAAAGAUGUUAUGUUAAAGAGCACUUAAAGCAGCAUUUGAGUUCCACUUCAUAUCAGGAAGGUUUAGCUCACAAGAUAGUUUUGUACAUGCUGUAUAGUAGAUAUGAGUGUAGCAGACAAAGGCCUGCUUGGAUGUUAUUUUUUUUUUUUUUUUUUUUUUUUUUUUUUUUUUCUUUUUGGGUCACACCUGGCGAUGCACAGGGGUUACUCCUGGCUCUGCACUCAGGAAUUACCCCUGGCCGUGCUCAGGGGACCAUAUGGGAUGCUGGGAUUUGAACCCGGGUCGGCCGCGUGCAAGGCAAACGCCCUACCCGCUGUGCUAUCGCUCCAGCCCCUUGGAUGUUAUUUUUAAUUUAUCCUGGCAAAUUAAGUGAGACUUGAACACUGUUUUGUUCAUCUUAAAGGAUCUGUAUAGCUUUAUUGGGCAUUUGAGGAAUUUGUUUAAGAUAUAAAGUAUUGGUUUUUGGAUGUAGUUACUUCAAGCAGAGGUUCUAAGACUGAAUUUUUUGGAAAAUCUUUGUAUAAGAAGUAGAAUUCCUACAUCUUAAGCUUCCAAAAUUGAUGCAACAAAGAUACUCAGUGGCGUUGAAUGGAGAUGAGCUGCUGCUAUUGGUAUUUAUCUCAGAUAUUUUCCAUUGACGUGCGUGAUGUUCAAGAAAUCCAAAUUCCAAUUACAUAAAUUUAAUUUUUUGCCUUUUUCUCUCUACCUCCCUCUUUGCCUAGGUGACCCCACUUUUUGUUACUGUGAAAACUUUUGUCCUAUUACCUCAUAAAGAAGAAAUCUUUACUGGAUUCAUUCAGAAUGCUUUAAACUAUGUUCGUGUAUAGACUCCUGGUUCUUCUGUUAUUGUUGUGAGAUUAUUUAAGACAUUGUAGGAAAUAAUUUCAAAUACACUGUUCUGGAUACUACCAUAUGUUAAUUUAUUAUGGGCUUUUAUAAUUUACCUGUUUCCUGAAAUUUCUGUAGGAACUGAUGAGGAAAGAGUCCUAUUAACCAAAAUGAAUGGCUGGUUGGGCUAGCAUACUUGGGGCACCGGAGCACAAGAUAUGAGGAAAUCUUCUUUCAUGAAAUUUGUCCCUUAAGUCUUAAUUACAAAAACAAGAGUCUUUAAAAUGUUAGUGUUUAUCAUUGAUUACUUUGAAUUACUUUCUAUACUAUUCUAGUCUCUAAGCCACCUCUUCUCUUUGGUAAUUCAUAACUAGGAACUCAAAGAGAGCAUACAUAAGUACAGUGCCCAAGAUCAGGGCGAAAGUGACAUCUCUCAAUUUUGUGUCAGAUUUUUCCGCCUGCCUCCCCCUGAAGCGAAGGAGCAUGACUUAACGAGGUGAUGAGGGGGGCCGAUAGUGACAUCAGAGGUGUCUCUCUUUCACAGGACAAUUUCGGUUGACUUAGAAAUACAACUGGCUUUUACAUUCUCCAGAAGAAUGGCUUCGUAGCAAAAUGAUGCCUCAGUCUCCCUUAAGACAGAUGUUUUCAGGGCUGGAGUGAUAGUACAGCGGCUAGGGCAUUUGCCUUGCACACUGCCCAGCCCGGGUUCAAUCCCCGGCAUCCCAUAUGGUCCCCCAAGCAUCGCCAGGAGUAAUUCCUGAGUGCAGAGUCAAGAGUAACCCCUGAACAUCACUGGGUGUUACCCAAAAAAGAAAAAAAAAGAUGUUUUCAAACAGGAACCCAGUGUUUGUCACAGGGCCUCUUAGUUUUCUUUCCCACGCACCCUUCAGUUGAUGCGUAUCCCAGGAAGAACACUGAUCUUCAGGUGAGAAGGAGAAAUGGCAGUAUCUAGGAUAGCCCCUGCUCUUUAAAAGUUGACCUUCGAAAGUACAAACAGGCUACAAUCAACCCUUAUAGUAUACCAUCAGAGGCAUCGGUCAGUCUGUUCUCUUGUAUGUACUGGCAUUCCUUGAAGCAGGAUACCGACUCUCAGCUCCCUGAGAGGAGGGAACAAAGCUUACUAUGCAUAUUCAGACCACUUACUACACCAGUAGUGUUACGAGAGUGCUUAAUUGGUUGCAGCAAGAACAAGGGACUUCAUUAAAGCCAAUGGUUUAAGAACCAACCCAAACAUAAAUUUUCUAAUUCAGCUUUAUAAAAGCAAUUCUCAUUACUAAAAUUUACAGCAAAUAAUAUUUAUGAAGCACUCCCACUUUAAAUACUCAUUUAUCUUUGACAACAACUGAACAUAUUCCUUUCUAGAAAUUGUGUGCAGUGCCUAGUAUUUAACACACAAAGCAAGGCAUUGGCCAAGAAGGCUUGGGAAGGAAAAAGGUGAACCUCAGAUCACUAGUAAAAGUGCCAUUUUGAGCCUGCUAGUGUUGCCUUCAUAGCGAGUCACGACUAAUUUGAUAUUAUUGGGUAUAUUUUUGUCCAGUGUUAUGACUCAUCACAUCUUUUAAGAGCUCCUCUAACAGCAGUCUGCAUCUCUACGGUGAGGCCUUCUCGGCUAAAAUGAACAGUUUCUACAUCAUUGAAUAUGCCAGAUGAAAUAUGUGCAGUUAAGAAUUAAUUGUUUUAAUAUAUAUCAGUAGUGCAAAAUUGUGCCCUUAUUUUAGUUGUUUCUGUCAACAUCUCAUUUUUUUUCCCUAUGAAAACACCAGGAUGUGUAACAUAAGCACUGCCUGUGAGAAUUUGCACUUUAAGUAUCUGUGUGAAUUUCUUGUGGUUUUAGCCAAGUGAAGUAUUAUCAGUAAUAAACAGGUCUCUUCAUA